AUGACAGAUCAGGCUGCCGCCGCUGUUCCUCAACCAGCACCCCAAAUUAUACACGUACCUACCAAUAUACCAUUUCCACCCAAACUUGAUUUGAAGGGAAAUAUAUGUACUAACUGGAAACGCUUCAAACGUGUCUGGGAUAAUUAUGAAGUCGCCUCUGGUCUUUCAAAUAAAGAGAACUCCAUGCGUACUGCUACAUUUCUUACAUGCAUUGGUCCAGAUGCACUUGAAAUAUUUGAAGGGUUUGAAUUCGCAGAUGAUAAUGAGUCCAAAAAUCUUGAUGUUGUUAUUGGAAAAUUCAACACAUUUUGCAUUGGAAAAACCAAUGAGAUCUAUGAACGCUACCUGUUUAAUAGAAGGGAACAGGAACAAAGUGAAAACAUUGAUACUUAUGUGUCGGCACUCAGAAAACUAGCUAAAACCUGCAAUUAUGGCACCCUUGAGGAUAACCUUAUCAGAGAUCGUAUUGUCAUUGGGGUCCGUGACAAUACGACUAGGAAAAAACUCUUACAAGAAUCUCAGCUAACUCUGACAAAAUGUAUCGAUCUCUGUCGAGCCAACGAGAAAACUUCUAUGCAACUAAAAGAUAUAGCACAGGAAGACAUACACUAUGUGAAAAAACAAAAUGAAAGGAAACCGCCUGCUAAUUUCAGAAAAGGGCCAGAUGCGACCCCUAAACAUAAGGAACUUCCUGAAUGUAAAUAUUGUGAUCGCCGCCAUGUUCUUAAAAGGGAACUUUGUCCUGCAUGGGGGGAAAAGUGUGCGAAAUGUGGUAAAUUUAAUCACUUCUCUGUAAAGUGUAGUGGAUCUAACAAUGUGGGUCGAAAUCCGGUAAAGCACCGUAAUAAAAAGGGCAAGUUGCUUCACCAUGUAGACGACUAUGAUGAAUCUUCCGACGAAUCUGAGGAAUACAUGUUUUCCGUCGAAGAGGUGAACUCGUGCACAACAAAAUCAAAUCGGAUCAACGCGGUUAUGUUGAUAAAAAACCAAACUGUGGAGUUUCAGCUCGAUUGCGGUUCAUCCGUUAACGUACUUCCAGCACACAUCUACCGUCACGUGUGUCGUGACCGGAAACUGUCCAAGCUCAAUCAUACAAACAAAACUCUGAUUAUGUUCAAUAAAACGGAAACUAAGCCUGAAGGGAAACAGUCCAUUUUGUUAGUGAAUCCGAAAAAUAACUGUAAAUAUGUCUUGGAAUUUGUCAUUGUAGAGGGUGAUUUUCAUCCGAUUCUGGGCUCCCAGGCAAUCCAGACUAUGAACUUGAUCACUGUAAAUCACGGUCAUAUUCAAAGAAACAUAUCAGAAGUUCAUGAUAUCAAGCGGUCUGAUAUACCCGACCUCACAAAAUCUGACCUUGAGAAACAAUACCCUGAUGUGUUUCAAGGUGAAGGCAAAUUUAAGGGUGACAAACUACAUCUACAAAUAGACAGUUCUGUACCUCCGGUAAAGUUGCCUGUCCGGAAACAACCAUUAGCGCUAAAGGAAAGGGUAAAAGGCGAACUUGAUCGGUUAGUGGAGAAAGACAUUAUUAUUCCUGUCAAUGAACCUACUGACUGGAUUUCAUCAAUAGUGGUUGUCACUAAACCGUCUGGAAAAGUAAGAUUAUGUAUUGAUCCACAACCAUUGAACAAAGCGCUCAAACGAAAUCAUUACUCUAUGCCAACAUUGGAUGAUAUUUUGCCUGACCUCACAAAGGCCAGAAUCUUCUCCGUUGCUGAUGCCAAAAACGGAUUCUGGCAUGUCGAAUUGGAUGACGAGAGUAGCUAUCUUACUACUUUUGGAACUAUAUGGGGCAGAUAUCGUUGGAAACGAAUGCCAUUCGGAAUUUCUCCGGCUCCAGAGGAGUUUCAGCGCCGUAUGGAUGAGGUUGUUGAGGGGCUCUUAGGAGUCAAAGCUAUACAUGACGACAUCCUCAUUUUUGGAUGUGGUGACACGGAUGAGGAGGCACGUAUAGAUCAUGAUAGGAAUCUGUUGGCUCUAUUACAACGCUGUCGUGAACGUGGCGUAAAACUCAAUAAGGAAAAACUCAAAUUGAAAUUGGACCAAGUCACGUAUAUGGGCCAUGUGAUCUCGUCUAAGGGACUCCAUGCUGACUCUCAAAAGGUUCAGGCUAUUAAGGAAAUGCCUACUCCUCAAAACAAGGCUGAUGUGCAGAGGCUACUUGGGAUGGUAAACUUUGUUCAGAGGUUCGCGCCUAGAAUAUCUGAAAUCACUGCACCGCUGAGGCAGCUGAUUAAACAUGAAAACGAGUUUGCUUGGAACUGUGCGCAUGACAAGGCUUUUGAGGAACUCAAAACAGUAUUAACGGACACUCCUGUCUUACAAUAUUUUGAUCCGUCAAAACCUACUGUACUCCAAAGUGAUGCAUCUCAAUCAGGCCUUGGAGCAUGCCUGCUACAAGAAGGCCACCCUGUUGGCUAUGCAUCUAGAGCUCUUACUCCUACCGAGCAGAAUUAUGCUCAGAUUGAAAAGGAGCUUCUAUCUGUCGUCUUCGGCCUUGAGAAGUUUGAAACAUACACUUAUGGCAGGAAGGUUUUGGUAGAAUCAGACCACAAGCCUCUAGAAAUUAUAUGCCGCAAGAGUCUUCUAAAUGCUCCUAAAAGGCUCCAACGAAUGCUGUUAAAACUGCAAAAGUUUGACUUGGAGGUAGUCUACAAACCUGGUUCAACUAUGUAUAUGGCCGAUACGCUGAGCAGGGCCUACCUUCCGUUCAAUACGCGCUCGUCUACUGAAGUUGAAACUGAGCAUGUUAAUGCAAUGCAAUACCUACCCAUCUCGCCAGAGAGAUGUAAAGCUCUACAGCUUGCUACUGAGCAAGACCCAGCCCUGUCACUUCUCAAAAGUGUUAUCCGCAAGGGCUGGCCGUUGGAAAAAACGUCUGUGCCAAAGGAGGUUCAAGCAUAUUUUGGAUUCCGUGAGGAGCUUACCAUACAGAAUGGACUUGUGUUUAAAGGCAAUCGAGUUGUCGUGCCAUUCAGUGAAGUACCUAGUCUCGUGGAACGUGCACAUUCUAGUCAUUCUGGGAUACAGAGUUGUUUACGAAGAGCACGCGAAUGUCUCUACUGGCCUAACAUGGCACAUGAUAUUGAGGACUUUGUUAGUAAAUGUGAGAUUUGCAAUGCAGCUUCUGUUGAUCAAGGUCGUGAGCCAAUUAUCAAUCAUCCAAUACCAAGUCGUCCAUGGGAAAAAGUUGGAUGUGAUCUAUUUGAGUACGAUCAAAGGAAUUACUUGAUCACAGUGGACUAUUAUUCGGACUACUUUGAGGUCGAUCGACUACACGACAAAACGGCAAAGGAAAUCAUUGUGAAACUCAAAGCUAACUUCGCGCGCCAUGGAAUUCCUGAUUCCGUGUUUUCCGACAAUGGACCACCAUUCGGAAGUAGAGAUUUCCAAAGCUUCUCAAAAGCGUACGAGUUCAAACACUCAACCAGUUCCCCUGGUUACCCACAGUCUAACGGCAAAGUCGAAAACGCUGUGAAGAUUGCGAAGCGCUUAAUCAGGAAAUCUAAGGAUGACGGAACUGAUCCUUAUCUGGCUCUUCUCGAUUGGAGGAACACACCGACGGAAGGGGUACUCACAUCCCCGAACCAACGAAUCUUUGGAAGGCGUACCAAAACAUUAUUGCCAACACCGAGUACAUUGUUGGUACCUCAAACUCCGCAAUCUAAGGAUGUUGCAAUAAAACUAAAACAGCGGAAGGAGAAACAAGCGUACUACUAUAACAGAGGAACAAAACAACUAGGGGAUCUCAUGAUUGGGGAUUGUGUUAGAAUACGACCACAUGGACACAAUAAGUCAUGGACUAAAGCUGUAGUUCAGGAUCAGCCUAACAUUCGUUCCUUUAAUGUGCAGACAGAAGAUGGAAGGGUUUAUCGAAGGAACCGUAGACAUUUACGAAAAACACAUGAAAUUUGUAAUCCGUUCGUACCUAAUGACGAAUUGGCAUCAAAUCCAGAAAAUCUACCAACCAACGAUCCGAAAGACUGCAACAACUCGCAAGCUGUAAUGGACAAUCCUGAAACCUUACCGAGUCAACCAGUACAAGAGGAACCUGUCAGCGCACCACCUAAUGCAACAACAAAUAGUCCGCAAAUCCACCGUACUCGUUAUGGAAGGGCUGUCAAACGACCAACAUACCUGGAUGACUAUGCUUAG